AUGUCUGAUCGAAGGAGAAUAAAUGGUCCCCCCGGUGGAACAAAUCCACCAGUCUUUUUAAAGUAUCUUACCAAAGAUUCAAAGAAUCGUCCAGAACGACCAUCUAGGAACAGGCAACCCAAUGUUUUAAGGAAAAUUUUUUUAAAGACCGGUGUAACACCGUCAGCCUCAGGAUCCGCAUAUCUCGAACUUGAACCAUCUCAACCCUCAAAUCAAUCAGCGCCAGGCCUUGCUUCCCUCUCUACAUCUGGUCUCAAGCUUGCAUGUACCGUCCAUGGCCCUCGACCAUUACCUAAGUCUGCCGCAUUUUCACCGCAUAUGAUCCUACAGACGCAUGUCAAAUAUGCGCCAUUUGCAGCUAGAAGAAGACGAGGAUAUGUUAGAGAUACAAGUGAAAGGGAUCUUGGAGUGCAUUUGGAAACGGCAUUGAGAGGUGUAAUCAUUGGUGAUAGAUGGCCUAAGAGUGGAGUAGAGAUAAACAUCACGAUUCUUGAAGGCGAGGAGGAUCAUUGGUGGGGUGAUGAUAAAUCUUUUGGUUCGUUGACUGCUGGUGGAUGGGGUAUGAUGAGUGUACUCAGUGGUUGCAUCACCGUUGCUUCUGCGGCUAUUGCCGAUGCUGGAAUCGAUUGUGUUGAUGUUGUUUCUGGCGGAGUUGCCGCUUUAGUACGUUCACCGGCCACUCCAGAGCAGGAUGGCUCUACUGAAUUGGUUCUGGAUCCAGUACCAUCUGAACAUAAGGAGAUUCUAGCUGCAUGUAUUGUGGCAUAUCUUCCAGCUCGAGAUGAGAUCACAGACCUUUGGGUGAAAGGAGAUAUUGGACAUUCAACUGAGUCUAAUACUGAUGAUCCAUCUUAUGAAAAACUUACAGAGAAUGCGGUACAGGCUGCUUUGGGUGCACACAGGGUUCUUAUCGGAGCUCUGAAGGAAACUGCAGAUAUCAAAUUCAGAAGAUGA